AUGGAGGCCCUCAUUGACGACCGCGCAAUGCUCGACGAUGAGGAAGACGAUGUCUCAUUCGAUGAGGAGACGGGCGAGGCCAGGGAUGGUCAGGAUCGCGAGAACGGCUUCGACGAUUCCUCAGAAGAAGAGGAGGACGAAGAUGAGGAAGAAGCGCAGCGGAUACGCAAAGACUUCAUUGUUGACGAAGAUGAAGACGAGGAGGAGGUCGCUCGGAGAAAGCGUCGCAAGGAGAAGCGCAAACGACCCCGCGAAGACCGGGAGGACGAGGGUCUCGAUGAGGAAGAUCUUGAACUCAUUGGCAUGAAGCCCGUCCGAGAAGAGACUCAGUCCAAAUUCAAGCGCUUGAAGCGUGGUCCAAGAGAAGACGAAGACGAGUCUCGCCGUGGUGGCGUCGACGACAUUUUCGCAGACGAACUUGAAGAGCAAGAAGAACGUAGACCCCGCGAUCGGAGAGGCGCUGAACACGAAUUCGACGACUUCAUCGAAGAGGAUGUCUUUUCAGACGACGAACAACAACGCCAGCGCGAAGAUGAGGAAGUCGCGAGACCCGCUAGGCGCGGUCCGAUGGACUUUUUACAAGGUCAAGGUACCGAAGAUCUCGAUGAACAGGCCAUGGACGAUUUCCGCGCAGCUUUCGGAGAUGGAACCGACUACGAUUUUGCUCUUGAAAAAGAAGACGAGGCUGCGGAAGAGGAGGCCGAAAGAGAUAGACAUCUUGAUCUGAAGGAUGUCUUCGAGCCUUCCCAGUUGAAGGAGAAGCUCCUCACUGAAGAGGACAACGUAAUCCGCUUCACCGAUGAGCCCGAGCGACAUCAACUUGCUCGCAAGCCCUACAAGGACAUCGAAUUGACCGAUGACGAAUUCCGAGAAGAAGCUCGUUGGAUCUCUAUCAUGAUCAAGAACAAACUAUCAGACCCCAUUCCGUCCAAUCUGCAGGAGGCCUUCGAGCAAUGCGUACUCAAAGUCCUCGAGUUCCUGGUCCGGGAUGACUACGAAGUCCCCUUCAUUUACUACAAUCGCAAGGACUAUCUGAUCCACGUCGACCGCACAAGACCUCAUAGUGAGCCCUACCAGCUUCUCGGCAUGAAACACUUGUGGGAAAUCUUCGAGCAGGAUCUGAAAUUCAGAGCCCUGAUCGAGAAACGACGAGCCUUGUCGAAAGCCUACCAAGAGCUCACAAGCAAUAAUGUCGCGCCAGAUACUAUGUUCGAGGAAUUACUGCCGCGAGCCGAGACUAUGGACGAGCUGCAGGACUUGCAUGAAUAUCUCUACUUCCAGUAUGCCGCUCAAAUCAAAGACCUUGCCAUGACGGCCAAUGGCGAGACGAAUGGAUUGGGUGUCUCUCAGAAGAAGGCUACCGGAACGUCAUUGUUCGAGGAGAUCCGAAAGUCCAAAGCCUACAAUGUCGUCCGCGGCUUCGGUAUCACGGCGACGGCCUUCGCACAAAAUGUCGCCAGAGACGGCCCACGAAAUUACUCCGAAGAUCCCACCGACAGUCCGGAAAACCUUGCUGAUUCAAUGACUGACGAGGAGUUCUCAAACGGCGAAACGGUCCUGAAGGCGGCUCGCGCCAUGUUCGUCGAAGAGCUUGCAAACAACCCGCGGCUCAGAAAAUACAUGAGAGGAGUCAUCUAUGGCCGCGGCGUGAUCGAUGUCGUCCGAACCGAAAAAGGGCUCCGGAAGAUUGAUGAGUCCCACCCGUAUUACGAAUUCAAAUACCUCAAGAACCAGGAUUUUGGUACCCUGAUCAAUGAGCCUGCAACAUUUCUCAGAAUGCUAAGGGCGGAGGAGGAGGGCCUGGUGGAGCUCAAAUUGAGGGUCGCACAGUCCGAUACCAUGAAGCGUGACUUCGCUGGCCACAUCAAGACGGACAACUACUCGAACGUUGCAGAUGAAUGGAACAAACAGCGAGAGCAAGUUGUUGCGCUGGCUUUCGACAAGAUCGUCUCAAUCAUGAGUCGUCUAGUCAAGGAGAACAUCAAGAACGACUGCGAAGGUAAAAUCCUCGACGAGUGUCGAAAUGUUUUAGACGAUUCGCUCGAUCAAGCGCCUUAUCAGCCCAGAGGAAUGCGAAAAGGCACCACUCCGCGAGUUCUCACCCUCUCAAACGGCAGAGGUCUUCCCGGCAAAGACCCAAUCUUCUACACCUUCGUGGGCGAUGAUGGCCGACCAGCUGAAAGUGGACAAUUCAUGGAUCUAGCACCUGGUGACCAAGAUCGUCAACUUCCGGAUGGCAAGGAUGUGGAGGCCUUUGUCGACCUUGUUGUUCGCCGUCAACCCGAAGUCAUUGGCGUUGCCGGCUUCUCUCCAGAGGUACGGAAAUUGGUCGGCUAUGUCAACUCCCAUGUGAAGACUUUUGAUUUAAGAGGCCCUGAGUACGCGGACGAAGAUGACCGGGAUAGGAGGGAUCUCCUCGAUGUCAUCAUUGUCAACGACGAAGUGGCGCGACUCUACCACACAAGCGAGAAGGCCCGGAAAGAUCACCCGGGAUGGGCUCCGCUCAGUCACUAUUGCUUCGCCCUGGCGCGGUACGUCCAGGACCCAUUGAAAGAGUACGCGUCCCUAGAUCGCGAUAUCAUAUCGCUCAACUUUCAUCCUGUGCAACACCUUUUAUCUCAAGACAAGCUCAUGAAGAAGCUUGAGACGGCCCUAGUCGACAAGGUGAACAUGUGCGGCGUGGAGGUGAACGAAGCAGCUGCCGACCCGUCAAUCGGCAAUCUACUGCCUUUCGUGUGCGGCUUAGGCCAGAGAAAAGCCCAGCACCUGAAGAAGGUGAUCAACCUGAAUGGCGGCUUCGUCGAGAGUCGAGAAGAUCUUUUGGUCAAUGAGCACCAUCAAGCCAUGACAUUCAAGGUCUGGAACAAUGCUGCCAGCUUCUUAUACAUAGGGUACGACCCCACGGAAGAGAAGUCGGAAUUUCUCGACAGUACUCGCAUCCACCCUGAAGACUACGAUAUUGCCCGCAAAAUGGCCGCAGAUGCUCUCGAACUCGAUGAGGAAGAUAUUGAAGCCGAACGGCAAGAGUUUGGUAGUGGUGCCAUUCUCCGCCGCCUCGUCCGCGAGGAAGCUCAAGACCGUGUCAAUGACCUUGUCCUCGAAGAGUACGCCAUUCAGCUCGAGCGCAACCUCAACGCUAGAAAGCGCAGUACUCUUGAAGCCAUUCGCGCAGAACUGAUUGAGCCGUUCGAAGAACUUCGUCGCAAUUACAACGCCGAUCUCUCGGAGAACCAAAUCUUUACCAUGCUCACUGGCGAGACGUCUGAGUCCCUGAAAGUUGGCAUGAAUGUUCCCGUAUCCCUGAAGCGCAUCUCAGACUCUCUCGUUGAAGGCCUACUCGAUUGUGGUAUGGUCGCAACGAUCGAAGCUGGUCCCCAUAUUGAUUCGGGUACCCCUGCAAGGCAACUCUAUUCGACACAUCAGACGAUCCAAGGUCACAUCACCAGCAUCAACCGCCGCGACUUCCAAGUCAGCGUAUCAUGCCGCGAGGAUGACCUCAAAAAGCCCUUCCGCCGUUUCGAGCCUGACAAGAUGUACAAGUACGAUGAAUGGGACUCGCGCAAGGAAGCCGACGACAAACGGAACCUCGAGCAGAAGUCCGAGACGGGAAUGCGUGCCACACGUGUCAUUAAGCACCCACUGUUCCGGCCGUUCAACAGCAAGCAAGCUGAAGAAUAUCUUGGCUCGCAGAACCGGGGCGACGUUGUCAUUCGUCCAUCUUCCAAAGGCUCGGAUCACCUGGCCAUCACAUGGAAAGUCGCCGACGGUAUCUUUCAGCACAUUGACGUUCUAGAGCUGGACAAGGAAAACGAGUUCGCACUCGGCAAGACGCUGCGUAUCGGCGGCAAGUUCAACUAUUCCGACCUGGAUGAGCUGCUCGUGUCGCACGUUCGUGCCAUGGCCCGCAAAGUGGACGAGAUGAUGAACUCGGACAAGUUCCAGGACAAGACAAAGUCGCAGCUCGAGGACUGGCUCACGACCUACACGGCCGCGAACCCCAAGCGCAGCAUGUAUCAGUUCUGCCUCAACCGCGACCGCCCCGGCUACUUCCACCUGAUCUUCAAGGCCGGUCAGAAGGCCAAGCUACAGGACUGGAGCGUCAAGGUCAUCCCCAACGGCUUUGAGCUGAGGAGCCAGCAGUACCCGGACAUGCGUGGCUUGUGCAACGGCUUCAAGCUGCUGUUUGGGAAUAUGGUCGGCACACAGGCUGCAUUGGGCGGGCGGUGA